UACUGUUAUGGUGUGAUCUGCGGUUCAACACGCCGGUUGGAACAACACAGUGUUAUUGUACUAUCCUCCACCCACUUAUUCGAUUCCAAAUUAACACACUGCAUGCCCAUGACGAGUUUGGACUACCUGAAGUUGGCAGGGGCGGGGGCCGUCACUGUCGGUGCCCUUGCCACAGCUGCCGUCUACUACACCCGACCAGACCAUGUCAAGUUUGCAGUUGAUAUGGACAAACAGUCCUCAGAAAUACCCGGCAAAGAUCGUGCACGUAUCUCCCGUCUGUGUAAGGAUGGUAAGCUGCUGGAGUACAAGACAGAAGAUGCGAAAACACUGCACGAGGUGUUCAAGAGAGGAGCAAGACUGUCCAAUAAUGGCCCGUGUCUUGGAUGGAAACCCUCCCCUACAGAGCCGUACAAGUGGAUCAACUAUGAUGCUGUGUUGCAGCGAGCAUCUAAUUUAGGGGCAGGACUUAUCAAGCUUGGCCUCACACCCACAAAUACCACCAAUGUUGGAAUCUACUCCCAGAACAAACCAGAGUAUGUGAUAUUUGAGCAGGCCUGUUACACAUACUCCAUGGUGGGCGUGCCACUGUAUGACACCCUGGGUGUCGAGGCCUGCAACUUCAUCAUCAACCAAGCUGAAAUAAGUGCAGUUAUCUGUGAUAAUAACAAAAAAGUUAGCAACUUAUUAGAACGAUUUAGUGAAACGAAGAACAUCCGGCACAUCAUCGUGAUGGAGAAGCUGAGUGGUGAGAUGCAGACCAAAGCAUCCUCUCUGGGAGUCAAGCUUCAUACGUGGGCAGAGAUAGAGAAAUUGGGUCAAGAUAACCCUCAUCCACACAAGCCUGCGACCCCAGAUGACCUGUGCAUCAUAUGUUACACCAGUGGAACAACAGGUCUCCCGAAGGGUGCAAUGUUGACACACCGAGGUGUUGUGUCUAUAGUGGUUGCUUGUGAAACGCAGCUGGAAGCGGCCGAUUUGGUGAUUCAGACAACGGAUGUUUUGAUCUCGUACUUGCCGUUAGCUCAUUCCUAUGAACGACUGUUAGAGACCUAUAUCUACCUGCAUGGCGCUAGAGUAGGCUUCUUCCAAGGGGAUGUGAGGAAGCUGAUGGAUGACAUCAAGGAGCUGCAGCCCACGGUCUUCCCCACAGUGCCAAGGCUGCUCAAUAGGUUCUAUGAUAAGGUUAUGUCAGGAGUUAACGCGAGUCCUGUCAAGAAGUUCCUGUUUAACAUUGCUCUGGCAGAAAAGGAGAAGGAACUGAAAAGGUAACUUCUUUGAAGGUGGAGUAUCUGGGAUACGUUGAUGUUCCGGAAGGUCCAGGAAGCACUUGGGGGCAAGGUCAAACUCAUUGUCACAGGCUCAGCGCCAUUGUCCGCUAAAGUCCUUGGCUUUCUCAGAUGUUGUGUUGGGUGCCCGAUCUUGGAGGGCUAUGGGCAGACAGAAUGUUCAGCUAUUGCGACGUUACAGAUAGUAGGCGAUCAUCUCACAGGUAAUGUCGGACCUCCACUGGUGUGCAACCAGAUCAAACUGACAGAUGUUGCUGAAAUGGAAUACUACUCGGGCAGCAACAAAGGGGAGGUUUGCAUCCGAGGCCCCAAUGUAUUCCGAGGCUAUCUGAAAGAUCCAACAAAGACCAGUGAUGCCCUGGACAAAGAAGGCUGGCUGCACACCGGGGACAUUGGAGAGUGGCUGCCUAACGGAGCAUUGAAAAUCAUCGACAGGAAGAAACAUAUUUUCAAACUAGCUCAGGGAGAAUACAUUGCUCCAGAGAAGAUUGAAAAUGUUUACAUUCGUUGUUCAUUAGUUGCACAAGUCUUCGUCCAUGGAGACAGUUUACAGUCGUGUCUUGUGGGCGUCGUGGUGCCAGACCCCGACAUGCUGCCCAAGUAUGCAGCAGACAAGCUGAAGCUCCGACAGCCUAUCCAAGACCUGGCCAGGAAUUCUGAGGUGAAGAAGGUGAUUUUGGCUGACCUGGUGGAAGUGGGGAAGAAAGCAGGGCUCUCCUCCCUGGAACAGGUGAAGGACAUCUACGUGUAUCCCGAGAUGUUUUCAGUAGAGAAUGGUUUGCUCACUCCCACAUUCAAAGCCAAGAGGCAGGAGCUGAAGCGGUACUUCGACUCCCAGAUCAAUGCGAUGUACUCCAAGUUAUCCUGAGAAAAACAAUCAAACUCAUCCAUUCCGUUUAUGAACAGCCACACUGACAUAACAUGACAAAAUUAUUGUGUGAUACACACGCUUGAUGAAGAUGACCACAGACGAUGGACAGAGAUGAGGCGCCAGGAAGAUACCCACUUGAAGACCUGUCAUUUGAUAUUAUUUGCACGUUUGAAAUGGUUCUCUUGAUAUUAUGCUUUCAAAAUUUGAUCAAAGUUUGAGUUUAUGGCAGGGUUAUUCUGGGGGCUUGUAGCAGGGUGUAUUUUGAAGUUUUCACCGUGAGCGUAUAGAAGAAGUAUCCAAGCUAGCUUCACACCCUUUGGCUGGAUUAUGACAUUGUGUUGUAACCAUGGUAACCCAUGUGGUAGCAUGGUCUAGCUUGUUAUCAUGGUAGCCAUGACCAUGGUUACAGUGGUAACAAAGGAGUCCUUGUAACAGAAGAAAGGAGGAUGAAGAUUGGGAUUUCAUUUUGAGUCAAUCACAACUGAAGUGUUUGUAAAAUUUGCAUUGUAAUUCAAGUCAUGCUCAAUGUUAGAUUCCUUCAGCAUGGCAUUAUUCAACUAAAAAUUUUAUUGCAUCAUAUUAACAGAAUUUAUCCUUAGGAAUUUAACAUCUGUAUAUUUUCCUGCCCACACAUAUAUCGUCGUAAUGCAAGACUGUGACGUCAUUCUUUAGUCUUGUCAUGCUAUUCCAUUGUUAGCUGUUACCAACAUGAAAAUAUUCUAAUUUAUUGACCAAGCUGGUUAAUGAGGUGUGUGAGAUGAGUGACAGAGUGACAUUGCUAGCGUGCCUGUGCUGUGGUGUGAACUUCACAUCUAGACCAACCUUUUGCUGAGCAAAGUAUCAAUCUCAUUCAAAUCAGAUCUUUUAUUCCCGAUAUGAUACCUCUGUGCUUAAAAAUCUGACAGACCCUCCAUAAGAUUCAUCAGAGAAGUUUGACCGCCCAGUUUAAAUCCGGCUCUUGAGACAAUCAAAUGUCACCUUUCUAGACCAGUUUAAGAGGUGGUGGGGUAGCCUAGUGGUUAAAGCGUUCGCUUGUCACACAGAAGGCCCAGGUUUGAUUCCCCACAUGGGUACAAUGUGUGAAGCCCAUUUCUGGUGUCGCCCGUUCUGAUAUUGCUGAAAUUGCUAAAAGGGAGGUUAUACAAUUAUCGAGCAGAGCCUUAGAUGAAUCCAGGGUACUAGUGGAGAUUAUCGGAACAUAUACCCUGGAGAUUACGGAGGAUGGUUCCUAUGGAGAGUUGGUCAGAGCUUCAUAUUGCUAGGUAUAUAUUGAAGUAAAAGAUCUGACUUUAAUCGAGUUAAACAUGAGCUGGCCUUAAACCAGCUGAAUCAGCAGUUUAAUAAAACCUAUCAAUUUCUAAACUCUUCUUCAAGAUAUCCUUAUCCAGUAGCCGUUUCUGCAUCUUCAGGGAUCUGUGGGGUAGCCUGGUGGUUAAAGCGUUCACUCGUCACGCCGAAAACCUGGAUUCCAUUCCAUACAUGGGUACAAUAUGUGAAGCCCAUUUAGGGUGUCCCCUGCCGUGAUAUUGCUGGAAUAUUGCUAAAAACAGCAUAAAACUAAAUUCACUCACUGCAUCUUGCAUGGCAAGGGUUUUUUCCUAUUGUACCAUUUGUACAUAGAAUUACAUCAAAACAUGAAUUGUCCAAUGCUGAUGUUUACAUGCAAAUCAAAUACUUUCUAAUAUUUUUGAUUAAAGAAAAAAUGCAAGCUAUCACAUUUUCCUCCUUAUAUCAUGAUACUGCAGUUAAUUUGCACAUUUGUACAUAUCUUAUAUAAUUCCAUAACAGUGUACAUUAGUAUAUGUUCGUGGCAGUUGUGAAGGAGCUUACUAAUUUGAGCUGUAGGCUUUCAUUAGUGUUUUGAUGUCUAAUGGCCGCACAAAACUGAAGCAGCAUGUCAGCAUAAAACAAUGUGGCAGUGUUCUUUCAUUACAAACUUAAUUAAUGCAGUGUGUAGACAUUAACAUUUUUCACUCACUCUAAAGUGAGUUUAUUUCUUUGCUUUAUGCUCUAUAGCGUCAGGAACAAAGUAACUUCACGAAGACCGUAUCUUUGUUUUACUUCCACCUUUCCCAUUAGAUACGCGAGGCAGGGAGGUAGCCUUGUGGUUAAAGCAUUUGCCUGUCACACCGAAGAACCCAGGUUUAAAUCUCUACAUGAGUACAAUAUGUGAACCCCAUUUCUGGUGUCCCCACCAUACUGGUAGAAUAUUUAAUUUAAAAGCGAUGAAAACAAUUACUUGCUCACUCGUUCUGCUUUCUUCUCUCGUCUUCUUUCUUCUCUUAUAAACUAAGCACCUUUUCUGGCAAGGGCCUCAGUAGUACUGCUGUAAAUCUAUUCAGGGUGGUGAGGUUAGCUUUUGGUUAAAGCGUACACUAGUCACACCAGAGGCCCAUUUGUUUUGUAAAUGAUUAUGUUAGGAGCUCAUUUUUAGUGUUCCCCUCCCUUCCCAACAUUGUAUAGCUGGAAUGUGGCUCAAAACUAGUAAGGACAUACUCACCCAAA